UAAACCUCCUAAAACUUCCAUGGAGCCAAGCAUAGAGCAGCAGAAGCAAUUGAUCAACAGAUGCAAGAACAAAGAUAAAAAGUUCAUAACUUUCUCACACCCCAUUUCACGCUGCCCUUCACUUUGAAGAAGAAGUUGAAUUGAAAUAGAAAAGGAUUGUUCAAGAAAUGGAAAGGAAAAGAGAUGGAACGCAGAUGAAGAAAGGGCCAUGGAGUGUUGAAGAAGAUGAGGUUCUGAUGAACUAUGUUAACAAGUUUGGUGCAAGAGACUGGAGCUCCCUUCGAUCCAAAGGACUUCUCCCUAGGACUGGAAAAUCCUGCCGUCUCCGUUGGGUUAAUAAACUUCAACCCAACUUGAAGACAGGAUGCAAGUUUUCAGCAGAUGAGGAGAGGGUGGUAAUAGAAUUACAGGCACAGUUUGGGAAUAAAUGGGCGAAAAUCGCUACGUAUUUGCCGGGAAGGACGGAUAAUGAUGUGAAGAAUUUCUGGAGUACAAGGAGGAAAAGAUUGGGACGGAUUUUGCAAACCCCACCACAGAAAUCUCAG